AGCCUGACAGACGCACCAAGACGGGGUGUUUCCUCUUUUUUUUUUUCAAUGUAUGCAAUGUGUUUACAGUGCAUGUUCGCUCAGUGCAUUUUGGCACGACCAGCUGAGUCUUGACAGAGCUCCAGAAUCGCUGGGAGGCUCUCAGAAGGGGACUGCUGUAUUUGAAGGAUCACAGUCUGAAGGGGGAACCCAGUGCCAGAGGAGAGGAGACUCUGGGUUACAGGCAGCUACAAGUGCCUCCAAGAUGAAGGAUUUAACUUUGUGAUGCCCGCCUGGAUACAUCUUUAACACUUCUCCUUUCUAUUGCUGUGGCACUAUAUUAAACAGGACUUUGACUGCAACCUCUCCUACCGCUGUGGAAGCAGGAUGACUUCCACUGUUACAACCGGCCAAAUGAACAUGACUAUGGGUCAAGCUAUUGACAACUGCAGUGCACCCAGCCUAGUCACAUAUAAAACCCUCUCCUGGGUGAUGAUUGGAGAGUUUGUGCUGGGGCUGCCGCUCAACCUGUCGGUUCUCUACAUCUUCAUCUUCAGAUUCAAGUUCUGGAAGAACAAAAGCGUUUUCCUCUUCAAUAUUGUGGUGGCUGACUUCUUGCUGGUGGCCUGUCUUCCUGUCAAAGCCUUCCAUUACUACAACGGCUUGAGGCGCAGCGAAGAUAACACUGUGUGUAAGAUGAUGCUCUUCAUGCUGUUUCUCAACCGAGGAGCCAGCAUCGCCUUCCUCAUCAUCCUGUCCAUGGAUCGCUAUUUCAACGUGGUCCACCUUGGGCGGCGAAAUUUUAUCAAAGUGUUGAAGAAAUCGCCCCAGAUUUCCAUCAUCAUUUGGCUCUUCUUGCUGCCCCUCACCAUCCCCACGAUGCUCAAGACCUUUGAGUGCUGCAAUAGCCAUGGACGAAGAAAUGAGACAUCCUUUCACGAUGUGACAGACACCUUCAGAGAGAUCGUCUUCUUCACUCAGAUCGUCAUCCCGUUUAUCAUCCUCGUCUACUGCACGGUACGCAUCGUCAACAGGCUGAGGAAGAAGACGGUCGGGGAGAAGACCAAACUGAGGAGAGCUGUGUGGGUGGUCAUGUCCGUCGUCGUCGUCUUCUCCAUCUGCUUCCUGCCGAGCACCAUAGCCAGAGUGGUGCUGCUGAGCGUCAGGCUGUUAGAGAAGGAGGACGCAGAGAACAUAGUGGUGCAGAUCUACGACGGCCUCAUGGUUUUGUCUUACACUGACUGCCUGCUGGACCCGCUGGUAUACUGCUUCUGUAACUCAGGGUUUAAGGAUGUUUACAUAUCCACUUUCUGUCCCAAGUUCCUUCAGGAGAGACUGCUAACUUCCUACACAGUUAACGGGACUGGAGGAAUGACAACAACUACAACUUCUGCAACCAGAACCAAUUCUUUGCCGAUACUAUAAAACUGAUUUCCUCUUUCCUUUGAACUGUGAUUAAAACCAUCUCCAAGGAAGUAUCUGCAGUUUAUCUACCAUUAUGCGUGGGUAUUUCCACAGACGAUGGCAGAUUAGACUUAGUGUCUGGAAGAGUCGGGCCGAGCAAUGCUGAUAACUUAAGGUCAUCAAAUACCCUUUACUAAAAGUCUGAUGCAGAUGUAGUGGGGGUGUACCACAACACACCUCCUCCACAGCGUCAGUAAUCUGUGACAAUGAAGCACAACAUUUCUCCAUGUAAUCCUCCAUUAUAGUCUUGAAUAACCUUCUAUUGCAGCUAAUGUUAUGUUUGCUUUCUCAACUUCAAUGUGUAAUACAUAUGCUCAAUAAUGUUGUAUUAAAUAUAUAAGUUAAGUUAA